UCCUGGAGAUCACAUUUGACUUCCAAUCCAAAGAGCUAGCUGGGAAAAAACUGAUAUUGGAAAAAAUGGGAUUUGGUCCACUUUGGCCUGCGGUGUAAAGUGUUGUCUUAUUUGAAUAUGCAAAUAUGUCAAGUGGAUCAUCUAAUAGCUGCAAGAGCUCCAAGUCCAAUGUGGCAUCCAGAUGUUGGACCCCCUCCAUGGUGCUGAGUCAGUACCAGAACCACGAGGCAGCUCUAAUGGACCGUCACAGUCCAAACAAGACCGUUGGAAGGAAGAAGUGACUUGAUGAAAACGCCAGUCAGCACUUAAAGGCGCAGGAAUGAGGAAGUGUCUGGUUCUGUUGGGUCGAUAGUAACGUGAGCCGCUCGCUGCGCUCAAACUGUCAAUGAGAGGCCAAAACACCGGAGACGUUUUAAUUGGCGGCGGCGGCGGCGCUUUUUGCGAGGGUGUCGUGAACUCUGAUCCGGUCCGAUUCCCCGAGGAAGGCAACGAGCGCACAAGCGAUGGUUCCGAAGAGCUUUUAAAGAGCCACACUGGUGGUCACAUGACGUGUUUGUGCCGUUUCAGGUGGAUGAGAUGGACUCGACCCAGCCGACGUGCCCGGCAGGGCCCGCUCCGGCCCGCCCCUGAGAGCCCCCCGGCGCUUUCCAUCAGGAUUAACUGAGCGUGCCCUUUGACCUUUUAAAGAUGCGCGUGAGCAGGUCCAACGUCCUGCUGGGCUGCGUCCUCCUUUGCUCCGCCUCCUUGCUCUACCUGGGCCUCAGCGGCCUCGACUGCCCCCCCAAGAGCCACCGCUCGCGCUGGGCGGAGCUCCACCGGGCCUCUGCCAAUCAGAACGCCUCGCUGACUGAGCACCUCCCCGAGGACACGCCCCUCAUUUUCAUCGGCGGCUUCCCCCGCAGCGGCACCACCCUCAUGCGGGUCAUGCUGGACGCCCACAACGCCGUGCGCUGCGGCGAGGAGACCCGCGUCAUCCCGCGCCUCCUCACCAUGCGCGCCUCCUGGAGCCGCUCGGUCAAGGAGCGCAUCCGGCUGGACGAGGCCGGCGUCACCGACCAGGUUCUGGACUCGGCCGUGCGCGCCUUCCUGUUAGAGGUGAUCGUGGGUCACGGAGAACCGGCGCCUCGUCUCUGCAACAAGGACCCGUUCGCCUUGAAGUCGCUGACCUACUUGGCCCACAUCUUCCCGAAGAGCAAGUUUGUUUUGAUGGUGCGAGACGGACGCGCCUCCGUUCACUCGGUCAUCUCGCGUAAGGUCACCAUCUCGGGCUUCGACCUCAACAACCACCGAGACUGUCUGACCAAGUGGAGCAGCGCGGUGGAGACCAUGUUCAACCAGUGCGUGGCGGCCGGCGAGGACCGAUGUCUGCCCGUGCGCUACGAGCACCUGGUCCUCCACCCCGAGCUGGAGAUGAGGAAGCUGCUGCAGUUCCUGGAACUCCAGUGGGACUCGGCCGUCCUGCACCACGAGGAACUGAUCGGCAAGGCUGGAGGCGUGUCUCUGUCCAAGGUGGAGCGCUCCACGGACCAGGUGGUGAAGCCGGUCAACACGGACGCCCUGGUCAAGUGGGUGGGUCACAUCCCAGAUGAGGUGGUAGACCACAUGGCCGAGAUCGCCCCCAUGUUGGCCCGCCUGGGCUACAACCCGCAUGCCAACCCGCCCGACUAUGCCAAGUCGCCGCCGCUGUCCAAUCGCAUGCCGACUUGGAAAGCAACAGAACCUCCUCGACCCGCUUAGGACAACAACAAAAAAACGCUUUUUCUUUUGUCUACGCACUUAAAGGCGGACUUCCUGUGCAGAGCCUCGCCGCCAUGUUUUUGUUUUGUUAGUUUUGCAGUCGUCAGCGUCUGGACAGAACGCCAACAUGGACCAGGUGGUGACAUCAUGUGACCCCCGCUCCCUCGCCGAGAAUGUGAAAGUCGAGUUCUUACGGACUUUUAAGAUUUCUGACUAUUUUCUUAAUAAAUUAUUAUGGUGGUCCGCAGCAGGCGCCCCCUAGUGGCGCACGCUGACAUGUCGUGUAGCAUUAAGAAGGUCAGCUUCAUUAAACUGCUGUUACGGCUCAUCGCCAUG